AUUUUUGGCGGAAAAUGUCUGAAAGUGAAAUAGAAGAUGAUAUACCAAGUGCUGCUGAGUGUGACAGGCGAUGCCAGAGCUUUGCAGACAUUACAGGGACAGACACGGCUUUGGCCAUGUUUUAUCUACAAGACAGGAACUGGAACGUGGAGGCUUCAGUCAAUGCGUUUUUUGAAGACCAAGAUGUCACAGACCAUGACAAAGGAACCAAAAGAGGGGGAACAGAUGUCACAGAAUCUGGAGGGUCUUCCAAGCAAAUAAAAAUUGAGGAACAAAUUAAUGAUCCAGAACCCAAAAGAAUUCGUUUGCUGAGUUGGAACAUUGAUGGCCUGGACAAACCAAGUGCUGAAAAAAGAACUGUAGAAAUUUGUAAUAUAAUCAAGAAAGAAAAUCCCCAUGCGAUUUUACUCCAAGAGGUGACAAAUGAUACUUUACCAAUUCUUCAACAGAAUUGUCCUAGCUAUAAAAUCAUUCCAGGAGGAUCCAUCGAAUAUUUCACAGCCAUCAUGUUAAAGAAUGACUAUGUCAAGUUCAGUGUGAAGGAGAUACAGCCAUUCAGAAACUCUGUCAUGAUGAGAAACCUUAUGAUAGUUCAGUGUCAAAUAAAGGGAGUGCCAUUUACCUUGAUGACCUCCCAUCUGGAGAGCACUAAAGAGUAUGGAGGAGAGAGGAAGCAACAGCUAAAGCAGUGUUUUGAGGCAGUCAAGGCAGCUCCUGCUAAUCAGAAUGUCAUCUUUGGAGGAGAUCUUAAUAUGAGAGACAAGGAGCUAAAAGAAGUAGGAGGGAUUCCUUCAGGGGUUUGUGAUGUUUGGGAGGCCACAGGGUCCAGAAAAGAGUGCCUAUACACAUGGGACAUGAUGAGAAAUACAAACUUGGUAUUUGACAAAUACAAGCCUCGUUGUCGUUUUGACCGCCUAUAUCUUAGACAUUCCAAUCCUAGCACCAUCAAACCAGUGUACUUUGAACUAAUUGGCUUAGAAAAAGUGAAAUCUUGUGGAAAGUUUCCUAGUGACCAUUGGGGACUUUUGUCUCACUAUGACAUAAAUAAAACAUGAACAGUCUCAGUUAACUAGCCUUAUUUUUAGUUCAUUAUCUUAGUCGCCCUCUAUUACUACAGAUAUGUGACUAAUAAAAACAAAAAUUUUCAAAAUCA